GGGGGGGGUUUCCCCCUGGCAGCACAGUGCUGUUUUGGGGAUAGAGACUUACUUUCACAGUCACCACUGGUUCUGAUCCACUUUACAACCCAUGUCCGCUCAUCUGGGGUGUCUAUCAACUCCCAAUCCAGCCCUACAGCUGAAUAUGGUCUGUGGCGUAAGGGAGAGACAAACCAGGGAGACCCUGCUGAAGGCUUGGUUGGGGUGGAUUAACUCCAAACCCCACAGGGACAGUUUUUUGAAAGAGCUUAGCUCCCAUUUAGGCCCCUCAGUGAGAGUUGCUGGGUGUUUAAACACUUAUGAGAAUCUGGCCCAUUGGGUCAAAUCCUGACUGGUUACUGCCCUUGCUGGUGCUUACAGGAGCUCAGCACAUGACCGGUCCAGGCCCAGAGUCAGAGAGAGGGUUUUUAACUUCUGGACUGCGUUGGCAGCAGAGGGAGGAUGCAAAAGCCAAAAUGCUGCUCCCCCUUUGUCUCUAUUCCUCUUUCAGAGUUUCCCUUUAGAAGUUGCCUCGGCAUCAGUGCUUUUAGCAAGGCGCUGUGUUUUCAUUUGAGUUUAAAUUCAGCAGACUCGUAAAAGCCUCUCCAAGGUGCGGUUGAAUUGUCAACUGGCCUUCCCUAGGAAGGCGCAGGAAGUGAAAAAUCCUCCCCAAACAAACAGAUGAAACCGAGCAUGUGGACUACAAAGAACAGAUGCUAGAACCAAGCCAGAAUAUGAUGGGCUUGUUAGAGUCAACUCUUUAGAGGGAAGGAGGACUUGUGGCACCUUAGAGACUAACCGAUUUAUUUGAGCAUGAGCUCGUUAGAGGGGAGACCCAGCUGUCUAGUGUCAUUGGCAGUGAGAGAUUGAGCCUUUAGGUCACUGGUUGGAACCUAGCUUAGGUCUGAUCAUCACAUUGCUGUUACAAACUGAAUUCCGGGGGUCUCCAUCCAGCCCCUACUGUGCAGGCAUCCCUGACCGUGGCAGUGUGACUUGGCUGGUAAGCUCUUUGGGAUAGGGACCAUCUUUUGGUUCUGAGUUUGUACAGCACCUUGCACAAUGUGUCCUGGGUCAAGACUGGGGCCCCAGCUGCUUCUGCAAUACAAAUGGGGCUAGCAAGAGAAAAUGACGCUCUGGGAUGUGGAAGGCCUUAGUUCCAGCCCCUGCGCCAAGGAAAAAUCUAUCGAUAUAAAGUGGAACAGCUUCAAGAGAAGAAAGAGAUUGAAACCCCCACCACAACAUGCCCUAUACCCAGAUGGUUCAGACACUCAGUGGGAGGCUGGGUUCAAAGUCCCUGCUUCAGAACGGAUUCAAACAUGUGUCUUCUAUGUCCCAGGUCGGUGCAUGCUCUAAGCACUGGGGUAAUGGUUAUGAGGCGUUAGCACCAUCAUCCUUCCCUUUGCUUUGAUUUUAAAAAUGCCUGAAAACUAAGUGUUUUGGGUCAAAUGAAACAUUUCAUUCAAACCCAAGAUGACUUUUUUUUUUUUUUUACUUUUUCGAUUGCAAAAAAUGUUGGUUUCUUUUUCACAAUGGCCAGUGCACCAAAACCUUGGUUCCAUGCACAGCUAUUUGCAAUGCCAUGUCGCUUUAAAAACCACUUACAGAUGAGUAAAUAUCCAGUGUGUUAGGGAAGUGAGUCACUGGCUGGGGAACUACACCCAAUCAGCAAGGAGGCUGGAGAGGAACCAAGCAUUAGAGACUAGAGCCUCCCAGUAUCAGAACUGGAUUCCCAAAGGAGUUGGUGGUGGUGUUCGUCCUUUCCGAGACUGGCCCUAAAUUAGGACUCAAGUGCCUAGUCCCACUGAUGUCAAGGGUGAGGGUGCUCCGCACCUUGCAGGACUGCAGCUUCAGAGAGGCCUGUCUGAGUCAGCACCUUUGUAAGUUCUAAAAGAUCCCAAAAUUUAAAGUGGAAGGAUAAAAACACCUGCAACUCAGCUAGAUCCAUGGCAGCUACUCCACCACCUCUGCUACCUACAGAAGAGCUGACCACCCCUUUUCUGAAGAGGAUAAAUACGCCGUCUCUCCAAGAGGAAGCCAGUGUGGGUGUCAUCGCAGGCGUCAUCACGGUGGUUUUCAUCACACUACUGACAGUCCUGGUAAUCAUCAUCACAUACCUGUACAAGAAUAAAGGUAGCUACCAUACCUAUGAGCAACCAGAAGCAGAUGUGUCUGUAGAGAUGGAGAACCUCCCUUCGAAAGGAGAAAAGGAAGAAUAUUUUAUAUAACCCAUUCAGUGUGGCUAACAGCUUCUACACCAUACUCAGGUUUGACGCUAAGUUACCCGUAUUUCCUGGACUCAGGAUCUAGAGACUUUUUCCCCCUAAUUUAUGAAGUUAAUCCAAGAAGGAAAAGUGUAAUACGUGCACAGUGCUAACCUCAACCAUCAUUCCACGGUGUAGAAUUCUGGUUAAACUGAAGGCAAGGAUCUCCAGCUUAAUAAAAGUGAUUGGGUUGGAAGCACUACACUGUAAAAGGUGCUAUCAUCCCAGCUAGCAACUUCUUUGUCUGGUUUGUAAAAUGGACUGCCGAACAUCUAGAGUUUCUCUCCUCAAGCAAAGAAUGUUAAGGAAGGGGGGGAGGAGACACAGAUUAAAGGCCAAAGUUAAUCAAUUUGUUAUUUGUGUUACAAUAAAGCCUAGAGGCCUCUAUCAUGCUAGGCUCUAAUACAAUUGCCUAGUGAGUCCCUGCCCCAAAGAAUUUAGUUUAAAGGGCCACCAAGCAGGAGGGGAACUGGAAGCACAGACAGGGGCAGUGACUUGCCUAAGGUCAUACAGCAAGUCAGUGGUAGAGCUGGAAGAGAACCCAGGGCUCCUGAUCCCAGCCCCGUGUCUUAACCCUUGGAGCACACUGCCUCUCAAAAUGAGGACAGCCAUUAGCUGACAGAGGCCAAUUAAAGAAACUUGCCUUAGGAGUUGAUUAUUCAGUGUUGUCCACUAUAGGGUUUCUUGCACUUUGAGGUGUUGCAUGUGGCACUGGCCAGUGUCUGAGACCAGACAGAUCCAUGCUCUAAUAAAGCACAAUAAUUCCUAUUACGUCCUUACAAGCGGUGAGGCUAGCAGCUUAUUUCAUGUAACCAAAAGUCACUCAGCAUAAUAAAGUCAUGCCUCUUUGUGGUGUAGGCUGUUGUAUCACUGUUCUGCACAGUGCCUUAGUCUGGUGUCACUAGUGCCACCACCAAAAGGAAAAACACCCAUAUUUAGGGCAAGUUACGUGAUCUUAGGCUGAAUCAAGCACUAAAAUUCAAAGCUCUUUACCUCUAUCAGCAAUAAUUCCCUGUUAGGGAUGGAAAAAAGGUGCCUGAAACUACAUUGCCCUUAUGUUUGCUGUAGACCAUCAGCGUUAAAUGACUGAGCCCCUCUAGUCUAGAUGACUCAACAUGCCCUGUGUUGCUUAGCUUCUGAAGCAGUAUGCCAGUGUCCAAGAGACUAAAAAUCCUUCAGUUUGGCAUGACCCUCUAUUGUACCGCAAGUCCACUUACCCAUCAUGCCAUUCUGUGAUAUCCUCACACAGCAACAGAACAAUCUACUCAAAUUUCCUUUCAUCCUUCCCUGUGUUAGGUUAGACUAGUGUGAAAUGCUCUCAGGAGAUCUACAGGGUUCUCCUCACCUCUUAAGAAAAGUUCCCCUUUCACAAAACCUGUUUAAGAUGAAGUUUGCAAGAAGGCAGGAAAGAAGAUGCAAGCCUUUAAAAAAAAACAAACAAAAAAAACAACUAACCACUGAGCUGAGAAACAGUCAGGAGUUCUUUGUGAGGUCUAAUGCAACUUUGUCACUUUAUUCAAAUUUUCAAAAUAGUCUUUAUUCUACUUUUUUUAGUAUAAAAAAAAUCCACAAGUUAAGUGCACCACAGUGUAUACAGAGAGAGACAUAAUGCUGAACUUCCAGAA